AUGGAAUGGUCGCGCUGGUCAAAUUGCACAGAAAGAGAGUAUUGUUUAGAAGGUUCACGAGAACGAUAUCGUGAUUGUCAGUUGGGUAAGAGAUGUGUUGGAAUUGAAGCCGAGUCUGAGAUGUGUCCCAGUACUUCAUGUACGGGUAGGUGAAUAAUAUUCAACAGUCUUCCUUUUCUUCUGGUCUUCACAGCUGGAAGAGACCAAAACGCAGACAGUUUACUAAUACUAUUGAAAUGAAUACUAUGUACCUAGACUAGAGCCCACAUAUAGGCGAUUAAUAUGCAUGGAAUAUUAACUAUAUCAACAAAAUUGACCGAGCACCGUCCGGCUUCGGGCUUUUUACUAAUUAGCCCAAUUACGAAAGCGUCAAAUUUUGGGAAAAUUGGAAAUGCAACUCGGUUAUCCCAAAAACCUUGAACAGAAGAAUGGAAAAGUGACAAGAGUAAAAUGUUAGCCAACAGUGUAUACUCGUGUUUUAGAGCUGUGCAGAACUAUAUCAAGUGUUAUAUAGUGGUACAGACAAAAUUAUGAAAAAUGAUCUCAUAUUUCAAUGAACUUUUGGUAAUGGAAAAAUUAAGUUGAAUUAUUUGAAGUUACUAUAAAGUUUAAUUACUUGCUCCGAUCCGAUUCAUGGCUUCGAAAAUUCUGCAAGCGCACCCCGAUAUAUUUUGGGCGAAAGUACCAUGCUGCCAUGCGGUUUUACUUUCUACAAGCAUUGCAUGUUUAAACAAGCACCGAAGCAUGUAUAUUUGAUAAGUAAAGGGGAAAGCUCAAAAAGGAAUAAAAUAAAUUCUGAAAUUACACUGAAAUACUUUCGACUGCUUCUACUUUUAAAUAUGAAAUUUCCUUAAAAUUUCCUUUGCCGGAGCCGGAGUUUUGACUGCAUGCCGGAGCCGGAGCUAAAAUAACCGGAGUUUGCACAGCUCUAUCGUGUUUCUGCUUGCGUUCUACGACGCAGGCUAUUGAAAUGCAUGCUUACCCGAAAAUUAUUUUCUGGAAAAACUUCAUGACAGACUUUGGUCAAAAUGUUUGCGUCCUUUCGCUCUUGUAGUCACUCUUCCAAAAUAUAGAUCUGGUGUUAUUGCAAGGCAUCUUUUAAUACCACAGACUGGUGGGGCAUUUGCCCCACUGAGCCCAUUCCUCUGCCCCACCACUGAAGAAAAAUAAUGGCCAAUUGCCCCAGGGCCCUAGGACCUGUAUUGAGUAAAUGAAUUUAACAUUGACAAGAAGUUUAAUUAAAAAACAAAAUUUGUUGGUGAGCAUACUUAAACUUAUGUUGUGUUUGAAUGUUUAGCAUGCAAUUUAUUACAAAUUUCACCAUUAAAACAUUUUUUUGAGAAGCUGAGAUUUUUUUUUAAAUGUGUUCUCAGAAUGCAGGAAAUGCAAUUUGUGAGACCUAAAUUUUAAAAAUUUUCUGGGGGACAUGCCCCCAGACCCCCUAGUUAACUCGUGCCUGCGGUGUCGUGGGGGAGGGUAAGGAAAAUGGGCCCUUUCGCAGUUUGGCCCCGCCACUGGAGAAUCCUUCAAGAAUGCACUGUGUUAUUGUCCGGCACUAUAGGCGUUGGCACAGACCGUUCAGUAAUAUAUAGAGAUCUCACCCUGUAACCGGUCCCUGUAAAAUUAUAUUCAAUUCAUUUUAUUUUUCUGCAGAGCGACCACUUAUUCUGGACAUUGCACACGCAGAAAUACACUCAUUUAUUGCUGAAGAAUGUCUGACAUCUAAAAAGUUCUUUGUGAAUGGGAAAUUCAGUUAUUUAAUGAAACACAAUAUUACUCGCAUCUUUCCCCGUGCAAAAACAAUAUGGCAAAAUAGUUACUUUAACAUUCGAGUUACGCCGAAGACAUUGCGAGACGAGAAAGACAUCUAUAAAGUAAGUAAAUGGAGAUUUUGUGAGAUUAUCAGUUAUAUACAGUUAUUGGAGCUUUUUCAGUUGGGUCGCAUGUACGCACGUAAAAACGCACAAGUUGUUACACGUCUGCAAACAAGUUGUUACAAAUCUGUUCACAAGCUGUCGACAAGUUGUGUUCGCACCGCUUGUUCCCAGUUGUUGCAACAAGUUUGAAACAAGCUGUUAACAACUUGUAACAAGCUUUGUGGCAUUAUCAGAUUUGUUACAAGGUUGUUCUAACAAGUUUGAUACAGUCACGAUAUAACAAGAAUGUUACAAGGUUGACAACACAAGGUUGUAACAAUAUUGUUAUAUCAUGACUGUAUCGGACUUGUUGGAACAACCUUGCAACAAGUCUGAUAAUAUCAACAACCUAGCAACAAGUCUGAUAGUUGUUACAAGUUGUUAACAACUUGUUCCAAACUUGUUGAGAUUUGGCAUAGGUAAAUUCUAAGUUUUCAAGGAUUUGUAACAAAUGUUUGAGGAAACUGACUCACUGUUUAACACUGCCUUACAAAAGCCUUGUGCCGAUGGGAAUAGAAUUACAUUUUUUCUUCUAGUACUGUUUUGAACCUGAAGAUAAAACGAUGACCUUGGUCGAAUUCAAAAGUAUGAUCAAUACUGGAACAUUAAGGUUUAAAUAUGCCUCACUUCAAUGUCCGUUGCCAAAGCCAACCGAACCGAAUUACGUCACAGGUUUUGCCAUGGGAUUUGUAAACAAGGGUCAGCCAUAUGGUAUUUAUAUUCAGGUUAAAGCCAAAAAUGGAUUCAAAACUGUUUACUAUAAACAUAUGUAUGCGGGGGUGUACUCAAAUGCUUAUAAUUUAAUAUGGUCGUAA